AUGGGCAAAGAACUGCCAAAAAAGCCGAAAAAGGGACGAAAGAAGGAUGGCGAAGGCGAUGAUGGUGCCGAUCAAAUGUCAGCAGUCGAUCGACAAUUUUACGAACUUUCCAUCGCCGACUUGAACAACAAACUUUCGCGACUUCGGGCUCACACCACGAAGCUCGAGGAGAAAAAUGAGGAACUUGAAUCGAAAAUGCGCCAAAUGGAGGAAGACAAAUCCGACACAACGGCUUAUUUGAACCGAACCUUGAACGAAAAGUUAAAUACAAUUUCCGAACUCGAAGACAAACUCUCGGAACUGAGCAAAGUUCGGGACGCGGAAAAUAUCGAAUUUAAAAAAGUCUUGAGUGAACGUGAGGCAAAGUAUAAAGCGAUGCACGACCAAUUGACGUCAGAAAUUAAACUUUUGACGGGAAAAUUGAACUCAAUGGAGGAAUUCAGGAUUCAACGAGAUGAGCUGCUGGCGAAAUUCGACGCCCAAGAAACGGAGUUGAAGGAACAGCAUAAACGGCACAAGGCAAUUUUGUAUGAAAUGGAACGGAAAGUCAUUCUGGAUAAGGAUUUGUUGAGGAAAGAUGUCGAAAAUAAGUUGCUGCAGUUGUCGACGGAGUUCACAAAGUCGAGUGAGAUUCGUGUCGCGGCACAUACUCAACGAUUGGUAAGAGAAAAUAUCGCGUUGAAUAAUGAAAUGGACAGGAUGAUUUACACGCAUGAACGUUUGAGACGCGAAUAUGACGAAAUGAAGCACGCGAACUUGCGGAUUAAGUCACAAGCGGAGAUUAUUGAGUCGGAAAAGGCUCGUCUCGUUCGCACGUGUCAAGGUCACAUUCGAAUCAUCGAGGAGUUAACGAGCGCUUAUGAAAAGUUACGAGAACGCAGUAUGACGCUCAAAAACAUCCACAAGCAAUUCGAAGCAGCAAAAGAAAAACUAAAAGAUUCCGAGGAAGGACAAAAAUCCUUGCAACACAAGACAAAAAUGCUCGAGCAACACGUUCACGCGAUAAAUUGCCAACGAAUGGCGCUUUGUGCGGACAUUAUGAUGAAACAGCAACAAAUGGAUCAUAUCUUCAAAGUACUCAAAACGGUGAAAAUGACAAUAAAAUCCGCCAUCAAGGCCGAAGAAGCCCAAAAAGAGGAAGAUAUUGAAUUCCGGAUGGCACAACGAAAAACUCUCUUGGAUGAUCUUUUGAACAUUUUGACGGAACUUGACGCGAUGCCAAUGCAAAACAUCUCAACGGACACAAUUCCCUCGGCGAAUUACGUGUAUCUGCAAGGCGACUUGGGAAUUUUGCCGAAAGAGUCUCUUGAACAAAUUUUGGCGAGCGUUCGUCAUUUGCCGCCGAUGCAACAACAAUCCAUCGAAGCAUUAGGAGUAAUUCCCACGGCAACGGGCGACGUUUCUCUCGCGCAAAUGUCAGAAGUUUCGGAAAAAAUGUUCGACGUCGUGAGUGGUUCUUUGCUCAAAUUUGAUGAUUCUGAUGCGAUUCCCGUGAUUGAAGAGCCCGAAGAUGAAGAAACUGAAAUUUUGACAUCGAGAAAAAAAUCAAUUCAAAAGACGGCGCAUAUCGAUGAGGAAAUUACGCCAGAGGGAAGUUUGAAAGAUGUUGGAGAAAGUGCUUCGCAAUUGUCGCAAGUUGCCGAGGAAGAAGAUUUGGAACAAGUUAUUACGGAUGCAGGCGAUACGCAGCAACAAACGGAACAGGAUGACAUUGAUUUGACCAAUACUGAAACGACCGAAUAA